GCGUCAUGGUGCUGCGCGACUAACACGAACAAGCCUCUCGUCCAAAAUCUGACACGCCCAAGGUUCGCGCAUGCACCUGCAUGGCGUUCUGGACCCCUCGGUAAGCCCUGCUGUUGGUUGGGCCUCAAAAUUGCCCAAGAGCUUAUCUAUCCUUGUGGUCGUUCGUGCAUGGCUCGACAUCAAGAUCAUCAUAGUCUGCCUGCGGACUUCUGUGGACUUCUGUCGACAUGGAAAGCUGCUUUUCACAGAUCUGCAGCUGCCCCUAGAUCUUGAAAACCACCGGCACCUACGUCCAGGUGUCAUAUUUUCCUCGAGACCAGCCAUCGCGAUAUCUCCUUUGACCGAACGUCGGCAUACACAACCUGCUCAGUCAUUGUCAGAACCCGGUCUAUCCAGCAUGUCACCAUCAGGCACCUCCACGUCCAACAAGGACAACAACAGCAACAAAAAACAUGGCGGCAAGUUUGCACACCUGCCCCUCAGCACCUCGGGCCCCAUCGACUGCGCCGUCCACGGCACUGUGCUGCUCAACACGCCCUACUUCAACAAAGGGUCUGCACACACGCCCGAGGAGCGCGAUGCCUUUGGCCUGUCCGGCCUGCUGCCGCAGCGGGUGCAGACGCUCGAACAGCAGGUCGCCCGCGCAUACGAGCAGUACUCCAGCCGGCACGACGACCUGGCCAAGAACACGUUCAUGACGUCGUUGAAGGACCAGAAUCUGGUGCUGUACCAUCGGCUCCUGCAGGAUCACAUGAAGGAGAUGUUCAGCAUCAUCUACACACCCACCGAGGGCGAGGCAAUCCAGAACUUCUCGCGCAUCUUCCGUCGUCCUGAAGGGUGCUUCCUCAGCAUCGAUCAAAUCGAUCGUGUCGAGCACGACUUGUCGCGAUGGGGCCGGCCCGAGGACAUUGACUACAUUGUCGUCUCAGAUGGGGAAGAGAUUCUUGGCAUAGGCGACCAGGGCACCGGCGGGAUCCUGAUAUCCGUCGCAAAGCUGGUCCUGAUGACGGCGUGUGCGGGACUGCACCCAAACCGGACACUGCCCGUCGUGCUCGACUGCGGCACCAACAACAAGGAGUUGCUCGAGGACGACCUGUACCUUGGCCUGUGCCAGGAGCGCGUAAGAGGCGAAAAGUACGACAAGUUUGUGCAUACUUUCGUGCAGGCUGCGCGCAAGUUGUUCCCUCGGGCUUAUAUACACUUUGAGGACUUUGGCCUGACCAACGCCCGCCGCAUCCUGGAAAAGUACCGCCCCGAGAUUCCCUGCUUCAACGACGACGUCCAGGGCACAGGAUGCGUCACCCUGGCUGCCAUCAUGGCCGGCCUGCACGCGGGCGGCAACCACCUCAAGGAUAUCCGCAUGAUCGUCUUCGGCGCCGGGUCCGCGGGCGUGGGGAUCGCGGACAUGGUGCGGGACGCCAUCGCCGCGGACAACGAGGACAAGUCCGCCGAGAGUGCCGCCAAGCAAAUCUGGCUCGUCGACAAGCCCGGCCUGCUCCUCACCAGUACCGACUCUUUAGAUAACGCGCAGAAGCAGUAUGCGCGGACGGAAACUUCAGAGUGGGAAGGCAAAGACACGACUUCCCUGCUCAACAUCAUCAACCACGUCAAGCCAAACGUGCUGGUUGGCACGUCGACCAAACCGAAGGCGUUCACCGAGGAGGUUGUCCGCGCGAUGGCCUCGCACGUCGAGCGGCCAGUCAUCCUACCCCUCUCGAACCCGACACGCCUACACGAGGCUGUCCCGGAGGAUCUACUCAAGUGGACCGACGGAAAGGCCCUCGUGGCCACGGGCUCGCCCUUUGACCCGGUCAAGGGCCCCUGGGGGGCCGCCACGAACAGCAGCAAUAACAGCGGCGGGGAUGAUGACAAGAAGGAAGUCACGAUAGAGGUCGCCGAAUGCAACAACUCGGUCGUCUUCCCCGGCAUCGGCCUCGGCUCCGUCCUCUCCCGCUCCCGCCUGGUCACCGACAAGAUGCUCCGCGCGGCCGUCUCGGCCGUCGCCGCGCUCUCCCCGGCCCUGCUGUCCGACGACAUCACCGCGCCGCUUCUCCCCGGGGUAGAGGACGUGCGGGCCGUGAGCGUCCGCGUCGCGAGGGAGGUCAUCAUCGCUGCGGUGGAGGAGGGCGUCGCCGAGGAAAAGGCCAUCCCGUAUGUCAAGGGUCAACAAGACGACGACGCCAAGAACAGCGAGAAGCUCGAGGAGCUGGACGAGUGGAUCAGGGAACAGAUGUGGGAUCCCGUGUAUCGGCCCUUGCGGCGGGUCGAGCCGGGACCGGAUGCAAGCAGAGAGGCUAAAGGGGAGCUCAAGGUCGUGGGCAGCCUAGGUUGAUUUUGAUCUCGCAGGAACUUUUCUUCGACGGUGGUACUCAUCGUGCAAUUUAGUCUCAGUAGAGUAAUGAAUGGGAAUGUCAAGCACUAUGCA